AUGUCGAAAAAGUUGCAACAGGUGAACACUGAUGAAUAUUUGCUGAGCUUAUUGCCACAACAUGACGUAUAUGUGAUUCAAACACGUCGUAAGCCAACACUUGGCGAGAAGUUAGGUUUACAAGCUGCACAAAUGGCAGAUGCCUUAAUUCCAUCCGUUGUGAAUAAAUUGAUGAGUGAGAUCACGAAGCUAAAUUCCUCUUUACCGAUGUUUAAAGAUGAUAAAUUCUAA